AUGCGCAACUCGCGCCCGUUAGUUUUGGCGUCCAAACUGGCUUCGUUUCCCACAAUGGAAAUGUGUUGACAUCGUCAGAGAGUCGAAAAAUUUCGUAAGUUCCCCGUCAACGUAUCCACGGUUUCGCGCAAAUCGGAACCCCCAGAGGAGAACACAACGUGCUAUCGUCGUUCACCCGGGAACGCAGCGCGCGCGAGUCAUCGGCAGUGUUCCCGACCAAAGCCUCACCAACCUGAGUCAUGGCAGGCGGUGGAGGCACGGAUGGGGCAGAGCCCACAACUCCCACGGCACCUGUUUUCACGACCGAGCUGGACAGCCCGGCCAUGUUCGACGACCCGAACCUUCCCGAGGGCUGGCACCGCAAGGUUUGUCAACGGCAGAGUGGGCGCUCGGCGGGCAAGUUUGAUGUCUACAUAUACAACCCGCAGGGGAAGAAGUUCCGCUCACGGAACGAGUUGGCAGCCUAUUUGGAGGAGGUGAAGAGCACACUCACGGUGUCGGACUUUGACUUUACUGUCAAGGGUGAGCAGUCCAAGGCCAAAUCAGCUGGACUGCCUCCACCACCGUCGGCACUAAAGCCAGUAACGCCAACUCCAGUCAAGCGGGAAAAGAAAGUGUCACCCGAGAAAAAGCCAAAGUCCAGCAAGAAGUCGAAAUCUGAGACGAAGCCACCUGUCGAAAAAAGGGUACCGGCAGAAAAGAAGACACAGUCGGUAAAGAAGGCUGCCCCCGAAAAGAAGGUGUCUUCUUCCGGGGCCAAGCCAGUGUCUUCACCAGCGCCACGAACAGGUCGUAAGUUAAUGGUCAGACUCAAUUUCACUUCCCCGAAAAAGCGAAUACUGAAAAACUACUCUGAGAAUAAGGUUGAAAGUGGGGACACGGGGGGCGGGACGGAUGAUAGUUCGGAAAGCCCGAUUCCAGUAAAGUGCGAAGAUCAAGUGCCACCGGAAGCAACGGACGAGAAGAAGCGGACUGAGACAGGGCUCAGCACGCCAGAAGUGGAUUCUGGCGCUGUUUCAGGAGCAGAUAGCACACCCAAGAGCGAGCCUGUUACGAAGAAGAACAAAGAAAACGCCGUAGACAAAGUCUCAACUAAAAAGAAAAAGAAGAAGGAAAAAGAGGAGGCACCGGCAAAAAAGCCCGACAAAGUUGUGACUGCGAGAAAGGAAGCUCCACAGAAGCCUGAAAGCCGGAUGCGGAAACGAAAAAUAGUGGAAGUUGAGGACAUGCUUUUCAAAGAGUUUGACAGGCUCGAACGGAAGCCAGUAGUGAAGCCAAAAGCAGUACCUGAGGAGAAGAAGGUCGAGUCUAAAGACAGCAUAGCAGAUGAUGUGGCUGCCAUCAAAGCAGCUGACGCUAAGGUUGCUCCAGUGCCAGAUGAGAGCAGGAAAGACCAAGCGAAAGAAAAGCAUGAGGGAAAGAAGAUCAAGAAAGUGGAGGGCAAAUCUAAGACUAAGGCAGAGCCAGGAAAUGAAAGUGGCCCCAGAUCAGUCUGGCAGCCAACCCGAGCCACAAUCCGAAUCCGAGCUCCUGAAUCAGAAGAUCAGCCUGAGCCUGAUGUUCAAGCAGAGCCCGAAGCUUCAUCCAUGUUCGAAGACAAAGCAAAGUCCGAGGCUGAGCUCGAAGCCCGGCCAGACUUCGAUGGCCACUCGAAGUCCAAGCUCCUUAUUGAAACACCUGUUCAGUCUAAAGCCACGACCCACCCCAAGGCCGAGUCAAAACCUCCGUCAGAGGGCAAGUCGGAGGCAAAGCUUCAGGAGAAACAAAGAACGAAGCGCCUGAAAGAAGAAGAUGUUGUUAACCGCAUAGCAAAAAGAUCUAGAAAGGACAGUGAACAAAAGAAGGAGACAGAAGAAAGUUCUGAAACUGGUGCACCUGAAAAUGGUGCAGAAAAGGAUAGGCAGGACUCGGCAUUAGAGCCGGGUGAGGCUGCCCCCAAGUCGACACACACGCCAGAGGUACAAGCUUCACCUAAGAAAGGUAAGAAGGAGGGUGAAAAAGAUAAGGUGAAGGAAAAGGAUGCAGCCGAAUCAAAGCCGGUGCGGGAAAAAAGCAAGCGGCAAGCGGAGCGGCAGUCGAGGAAACAUGACAUUGAGAAGGCACUGUCUUUGGACACCAGGCACGGUACCGAGAGGCAAUCCCGAAGAGCUGGCAAGGCAGACAAGCCGCUGUCACCAGGCAUGAAACGUGAUGGUGAACGGCAACCAAGAAAAGGUAAGAAGGCUGAGAAGACGCUCUCUCCUGGUGCGAAGCACAUCUCAGAUCGGCAAUCCAGGCGGGGCACAAAGGUGCAGUCUCCGGAGGCAAAGCGUGACGAAAACAGCAACAAAAGCGACGACCAACUGUCCAGCAUAGAACCGGAGUCGCAGUUUCCUACUGAGGAGCAGAUCAGAGAGGCUGCUCGUGCGAAACUAGCAAGCAAGAUCGAGAAACCGGUGGAUCCGUACGAAAUACCGCUGCCCCCUCCCAUCGACAUUCCGUCUGUACCAGAUGAGGACGAAGAGGACGACAUGGCUGUUGACGAGGCUGCGACCGAGAUGUCGCAGCGAGAGCUGAGGUUGUUCGAGAUGAGCCCGCACCUGAUCGAACACAGUUACACCAAGAUCCCCGACGACGAAGAUGCGGAUGCCGCAGAGAAACCGCAUACGCCGUCGCCUUCCCGCAAAAGGGGCCGAUCAUUAGUGUCUGAGAACGAAGCCGAGCUCGACGAGGCGGGCAAGUCACCCUCGCCACGACGUCGGCAGCGGCGCAAGAAGGGAGUCGGCGAGAAUGCCGUGCAGCACGAAGUGAAGGAGGAUAAGUCGGCAGCCCUUAUUGUGGGCCAGAGCUGAGCAGUGUGAAAGGCUGGCUCACUCGUGCCUCACACACUUUUGAUUGUUGCCUUGGCUCUUUUGCUCCGAGGUCUUUAACCUGUAUUUAUCAAAGACUGAACCAUUGCAGCAAAAAAAGCUCCACUCCCUCCUUCUGUCGCUGGAAAUUAUGGCCUUAGGCAUACAUGUCUUUUGGGUCCUAUUGGUGACCUUUAUAUCAUGCAAAGCUCUCAAAAAGGCGAGAAAUGAGGGUGGUUGAUCAUUAAUCUAGCAGUUUCUUGUUUUCUUUUUUUUUUCUGACCUGUUUGGAAGGUUCUUAUGGUGGUUAAUAAUCGGCACUGAGGCUUACGAACAUCGUUUGUUUGGUUGGAGGAGAGAGGUGGGACUGUUGUUUGUUUUCUGUUUUAAAUCUGGGGGGGCUUUUUUUGUACACGCAUUUCUGGAUUGUCAUUACUAGGUUGUAUCAUGCAUGGUGCAUAAAGCAGCAGGUGCCGCAUUAAUUUGUUCAUAGCAAGUUGUACCUUGUUCGACCAUGGACUAUCAUGUACAGUAAUGAGACGUGUCAUAAAUUCAUGGUCGUGUUUACUGUAUCGUCAGUGUUCAUUCACGGGCCGCACAUAGUUUGGUCAGUGGAAAUGGUCUGCUGCUGAAAGGGGGGGGGGGGCUGUUUCGUAAAAUGCGUAAAACGAAUGAGACGUCGCAGCCAAUACUACAAUUCUAUGAUUUGUUGAAUGCAAACAAGAUUGCAUCUUUUGCAAUGACGAUAUUGUCGACCAUUCAAGUGCACCUUUAAUUGCUCCUGGCUGUAAAAAAAAAAGAUGUUUAGUUAGCUCAUAUGGAGCUUGAAACCUUUUCGAUGGGAUGCUUGCAAAUUUAACAGCUCGUCCUUUUAGAUGUUUCAGUUACGCCGCCCGAGGGUGAGAAAAGAUCACAUCUUCUGGGCGCUUGUGAAAACACUGUAGUGCAUAAAAACCGUGAAACUUUUCGUUAAACGUAGCUCCUCGAUUGUACUGACUUUAUAAAUCUUAGUUAAGCGACUACAGACGUGUUUUAUUCUUGUCUUGUGCACAGACGCUGUUGAAAGGUGCGCAUCUUUUUGUUCCACCUCAAUGAAUCGGGCUUGUGCGGAGUUCCGACUGUAAGAUGUUUCUAACGGUCAUUUUAACACCUUCCUUGAACAUGUGUUUCGGAACUAAAAAAUAUUGCUCUACAACUGGCAACAAGGCUACUUUUGUGCAGUGCAGUUUUGGCGUUGUUUUGAGGAACUAAACCGAGGACAUUUGGGAAUAGUCGUUAGUGCAGUCGUUGUCUUGAUGGCUGGCAUGAUUGGUACAACUCUUUAGGAAGGAGUAUUUGGCUAUUGUGCACUAUUUCGGCACAGUGAUUUAUCGUUUACGAAUGUCUUCACGCCUUCGUCACUGAAGGGGAGGGAGAAAAAGGUCCGAGGCAACAUGGAAAGAAAAAAAGGAGAUCAUUGUACAAAGGUGUACAUAAUAGCAUGGCUGUUUUUUCAUCAAGUCAGUGCUUUUUGACCCAUAUAUCUUUUGUUAUUUUUUUCUUGAAAAACGUCAUGACAUUUUUUUCGUAUACAACACCCCCAUUACAGUUUGCAGCCUAUUUGUAAAUUUAUGAGUGAAGGAAGAGAAAAUUUCGAGGGCUGAUUUCUUUGUGUGGCACAACCUAACUGAAAAUUUGCUUGUUUUAGUAAAGGUUUUGUACAUUUAUGGCAUUUAUGUCGAAUGGCCUUGGCUGAUGUCGAAUGGCCUUGGCUGCUCUCUUUUUUCUCUCAUCGGCUUUCAUCGUGUCGGCAAAAUCGCUCAGUAGUACAAUUGUGAGAAGCUCUGUGACAUUUCUGUUGAAACGUGUUUUGAAGGCACGCACACUUACGCCCAAUAAAAUAUAAGGGGAGUGCCGACCUGAACAUCUUUUUGCGUGAAGUUGCGUCUUUGCGCCAUUGAAUUCGUUUACCAGUGAUUUUAGUAUUUGCACUGGGUGGCAUCAAAGCAUUUAUGCCGUCAGAAACGAAACCACUGUGUGAGCCGUCGCACAACUAAGCACCGUCAAAAGCUAAAACUUCCUUAGCCAUUUUGAUCACAUAAUACACACACAGGGCAGACACAGAAAAAUCUCCAGGGAGAUGAACUUGGCUGUGAUGAUUUUUCUUCGCGUUCGUGCUUUCCUUUGAAAACAAACCCUAUGUGAAAAGUACUACGCUCACAGUGGUAAAUGCUAUGAAAAAAAAGAAAAAGCUUGUGAUAUAAUAAUUUGUGUGAUUAGACAUAAUGCACAGUCCCCGUAGUUUCGGGGAAUGGGUCAUUCCAAUGUGUGUGUGGGCAUUGCUUUUUUGAGGAUACCUGUAUCAUUUCUUCAUAGUCUCAGCUUGCAUGGCACCACAUUUUGCAUCAAGCAAAAGGGGAGGCCAAAAGAGAGGAGAAAAAAAAGGAAGGUCAUCACGCCCUGCUAUUCCCUAGGAGGUUUUAUCGACAAAUGAUUCACAAGUUUUAUAAAAAAAUACACAAACUGCAUAAGUGCUGUGUGUCUCAUGUUUCCCUAAUUGUGCAAAUCCACUGUAAAUUGCUACGACUGGCACUCUGCCUUCCCUUUGCUUAUCCCUCUCCGUAUAAUUCCACUGUAGUAUUUCAUGACAAAUCAUUGUUCAGUACAAUAAAGAACUCAUUAUCAUGCUGUCCACAAA